GCAAUUAAACGUCAAAGAAGAAUAAGAAGAAAACACACGCACACUAGUUUAUUGCAGCUAGCAAUACACACUACAGUUCCUCAUUGACCGAAUACAUAACACUAGUAAGCCUGUUUACUGUAGUUUUCCCCAUGUAAGCGAGGAAACAUGGCUUGGAAGUUAUCUAGCUCUACUGUAUUUAGUGAAAGCUAAGCUAUUCUCUUCUGUCGUAUUCGGGUGAAAAACGUUCCACACAUCACUUAACGUUUUUGUUUUAUUUUUUUAAACAUGUUCUCAGUUCGAUGUGUCCUGUGAUUCGCUGCUUAUGUGUUUACACGUCAAGUAGUCUUCAGUUUUAUUAUUAUGAGCUUUUGUGGCACACCAGUGUGGAUUGCUAACUGAACCAUUAGCCACCCAGUUUUUGUCUGUUAGUAGUCACUCUGGAACUCUGAAAUCUCGUCAACAGAUACAUCGAGAGCAUAGUUCUUUCUACAAACUCACAUAAUCAUGACUGCCAUGCGGGUGGAUGCUAAGGUGGUCAUGCUUGGCAAAGAGAGUGUGGGUAAAACCAGUCUGGUGGAGAGAUACGUCCAUCGCCGGUUUCUUGUGGGACCAUAUCAAAAUACUAUAGGGGCUGCAUUCGUUGCGAAAGCCCUCAAUGUCGGAGACAAGGUGGUUACUCUGGGAAUAUGGGACACUGCUGGGUCUGAACGCUAUGAAGCAAUGAGCAGAAUUUAUUACAGAGGAGCCCGUGCUGCCGUUGUCUGCUAUGACUUAACUGACAGCAGCAGUUUCGGAAGGGCCAGGUUCUGGGUGAAGGAGUUACAGAACUGUGAAGAGCGCUGCAAGAUAUAUUUGUGCGGCACCAAGGGGGACCUCAUUGAAACCGAUCGAAGUAUGCGCCAAGUAGACUACCAUGAUGUUCAAGACUUUGCAGAUGAAAUAGGUGCACAACAUUUCGAGACCUCCAGCAAAACAGGAAAAAAUGUUGAUGAGGUGUUUCAGAAAGUGGCUGAAGAUUUCAAUAGCUGUGAUUUAGAGUUCAUGCAAGAGGAGAAGGGAGUGGAUCUUGGGAAAAAGAAGGACUCUUAUUUUGACAACUGCUGCCAUAACUGACAUAUCACUGGAAAAAAACUGCUGUAUCAUAUGAUCUGUUUUGGAAUGACUGGAGGCUCACCAUCUUUUAUACUCCUCAAAGCAUCAGCUGGAAUUUUUUGCUCUUUACUUUUAUUCUUUUAUAAUUCUUUUCCCCAGUGUGCAGUAUGUUGAUGGGGUUCUUGGAAAUUAAGAACAUGAAACAUUCCACUUUUUCCUGUUCAAA